AUGGAAAUGAAAAUUUUUGUUGCACAGAAGUUUGUUGUAAGGAGUAUAGCCCCAAGCAGAGAAGAUUUUUCAAAACUGCAACAGCGCGCAGUCGCAAACUUCACGUCUUCAACAGCCCGCAUCCGCACUGCUCAUGAACAGCAUCUGCACCGCACCCGCGUAAAGGCAACCCGACGCUCCUCACCAAAUCAUCCCAAUCUCAUCAAAUUCACCCCGACUUAUAACCCCGCCAAAAUCACCCCAUGUCAUCUUCCACCCAUCAUCUACAUCUUGAAUGUCACUAGCAUUGUCAAGCCACAUGCUAUUGAGAAUUUAAGAUGUGAUGUAUAUCAUCUACACCCCGACAUCAUCAUCAUCAUCACCGAGUCAUGGCUUAGGCCAGAUCACCCUGAUGGUUUGAUCGCAAUAGAUGGCUACACACCCUUCAGAAAAGACCGCCCUGGCAUCUCCACCAUGAUGGGUUACAUCGAAGAACUCUCUAACACUGCGCUGGGGAGCGACUCAAAACUCAUCAUUGGGGUGACUUCAAUCAACUCGACCAUCAUUCCAUACUUCAAACAGGUCUACACCCUAUAUUCUGGGGUCCCACCCACCAAGAAAAGUCAUCUCAUUUCGCCAACGUCAUCCUUCACAGAGUAUCGCCUGCUUUCAACAUCUCAACACCAUCGACUUCAAUAA